GACUGUAGACUGUAUUUAUUGUAUGUGUGUGGUAAUAGACACUGAUGAGAAGCAGGCGAUGAUUCAAAUGAAUCUCUUGUGAGCUUGGUUAUAGUGAGCUUGGUUAGAGGUUGACCUUACGCAUAUUCCAUCAUUGACGAGUACAAUCCAUCAACAUCAACAUCACCAUCACCAUUACCAUCGCCAUCAUCAUCGCUAUCCACCACCAGAGAACCACAUAGAAAGAGGCAAACAAACCCCCAUACAAUCACCCAUGAUCAAUCUUGAUCAGAUUCACCCACCCAUUGACAACCAGCACCACCACCACCCACCACAGGCCCUUCCACGUACCCUUCUACGGCAGCCUUGCUUAUUGAUCUGGCCAUUGGCUUUCUCUCCCUCUGCCUGGUUUUCGUAAGCUAACCCCAAACCCUUAUAAGCUAUUACCUACACUCCAUCUUGCAUAUCAUAUUACAUAUUACAUUACAUUACCUGCCUACAUCCUCCUCUCCACACCUUCUCCAUUCCUACAACAUACAUCUUACAACAUACAUCAAUCAAAAACGCAUCCAUCAAUCCACUUUCCCUCCAACAAUUCAUUCCCUUUCAUAAUCCAUAACCGAUCAAUCGAAUAUCCGUUGAUUCUUUGAUCGGUGUCUACAAUCAUCGAAUCCUUCGAUUCUUGGAAGCUAUCGUAUCCAAACCAAAAGUUUCCAUCGGGUCCAUACGAGAGAUAAAUUUGUGAAUUUCUAUCAUGGCGUCCAUGACAGCCCCGACUCCAGAUACGCUGGUUACCCUCAAGAUCAAUAUUGAGGGUAGCAAUCGAAGAUUCAAGCUUCCGCUUCGUGAUCUCGGGGCGAGCACUCUGCCCGAUAAGCUUCGAUUCCUCCUUGCCAUCCCUGCAACAUCCGAGGCCACCUUCGAGAGAUACUCCGAUAGUGCUGCUGCCUUCAUCGUCCUCGAUGCAACCAAUCCUUCAGUCUACAAACAAUUGUAUCGUGCUGCCAAGGCUAAGCUUAAGCUUAGACUCAAGGUCACCAUCAAGGACAAAGAACCCGUCCUGCCCAAGCCAGCUUCCGUCGAGGAUGAAGAGCCAACUUCAGCCAAGCCUGUCGUAGCACAAUCUCAAUCUCCCCCAGUCACCAUGCCCGUACCGCCCCCAUCAACCACUGAGAUCCCUAACGCCCGACGCAGCGUAGCUUUCGACUCAGAGGCCAGAGCAGAGGCCAGAGCAGAAGCUCAAUUCAAGGAGUCAAUUGCCGCUGUCCAGGUGCAAUCCAAAGUACAAGAGCAAAUCGAAGCCAUUAUCUCCCUACAAAAAUCCUUUGAUGAGAUGGCUGUCUCUAACAACCAUGCUGCUUACCAGACAGCGACCAGACACACGAAGCCACUUCCGGCCUACUUGAUGGACAGAGUUCUUGAUGAUGAGGCUCCAUUAAGCUCAAAGUCACCAGAACCUGUUGUCAGCUCAUUCUCGGUUUACUGUAAUAGUUGCAGCGUCUCGAUCCCAGACAUCCACUACCAUUGCAGCACCUGUGACAAUGGUGAUUUUGACUUGUGUCCAGAGUGUAACGAUGCUGGAGUCACCUGCAAUGGUGAUCAUUGGUUGAUCAAACGCAUCGUCGAUAAAGGUCAAUACAUUCACAGCACAACCGAAAAGCUCGCCCCGAAACAACUUUCUGGCUACAGAGAUAUUAAGCCUCAAUUCUCCGACUCGAAGGUCACUCUCGUCGCUCCCGCAGUCGAAGAGAAGGAACCGGUUCCUACUCGCACUUGCAACAGCUGCAUCUCCGAAUUGUCCGAAGAGAACUUUGUCACUUGCAUCGAUUGUGAAGAUUUCGAUUUGUGUAUCCAAUGCCAUGUAUCAUUGAAGCAUGGUCACAACCCUAAGCACGCUUUCGCUUUCGUCAAUGAAGAUGCUAACUUUGGUCCAAUGGCCUCUGCCCUUCUCGCCGCAGGUCGUAACGCCUCUCACUCUGCUAUUUGUGAUGGAUGUGAUAGAACCAUCUUUGGUGUUCGUCACAAGUGCCUUGAUUGUCCAGAUUGGGAUUACUGUGAUGCAUGCAUUGCGAAUGCUGCCUUCAUUCACCAAGGUCACAGAUUUGUACCUCUCUAUGAACCUGUCAGCCGCUCCGGUGCUCGACAACAAGCGAUCAGAGUUCGUCACCAUGGCAUUUUCUGUGAUGGGCCUCUGUGCAAACACAAGCACCACUCCGAGGAUGAUGAUGGUAACAUUUCUCCCGCUUAUAUCACUGGAGAUCGUUACAAAUGUGCUGUCUGCCACGACACCGAUUUCUGUGCUGUUUGUGAGGCCAGUCCAUCCAACUCUCACAACAAGACUCAUCCUUUGAUCAAGUUCAAGACACCUGUUCGCAAUGUUAGCGUUACGACUCUUGGUGAUCAUCCAAAUGGUAAACCCAUGGCACCAAUGGGUGAUCGCUUUACUCCAACAAUUUCAAAGGCAACUGAGACCACCCCAACUCAAUCCAGUAAUGCUGCAACACAAGUUCAAACCGUUGCUGAAGUUAAGCCAGUUGUUGAGGCUAAAUCUGUUGCUGAGGUUGAGCCUGUUGCUGAGGAGGUUGAACCGGUUGAGGCUAAGGAGGAAGUUGUCGAGGAGGUUACUGAAGAAGCUCCAGCUCCUGUUGGAGAGGAAUUGGUUGCACACUUUGUUCGUGAUGCAGUCGCUGAUGGUACCAUCAUGACACCAAACUCAGUUUUCGAACAAACUUGGUAUCUCCGCAAUGGUGGCAAGACAUCUUGGCCUGCAGGUUGCAGUGUUAGAUUCGUCGGUGGCGAUAACAUGUGUGCUGUUGACCCUGAACACCCAGCCAGCGUUCAUGAACUUGUCAGUGCUGCUGAGAGCACGACUUGUUACACUGAAGUUGCUCCUGGCCAAGAAUACGGAUUCACCGUCUUGAUGAGAACUCCAAACCGUGCUGGUAGCUUCAUUUCAUACUGGCGUCUUACCACUCCUACUGGUGAUAAAUUUGGUCACAGACUUUGGUGUGAUAUUACUGUCAAUGAGCCAACCCCAGUCAUCAAGUCUGAAGUUACUGAGACUGAAGCUCCUAAGGUUGAGACUGCCAAGAUUGAAACUCCUAAGGUUGUAGCUGAUGAGCAAGAACUUGCCACCAAAGCCUCAUCCGAAGUCGAAGAAACUCGCGACGUACCUGAAGAUGAGGGUAGUCAAAUGAUCUUCCCAAAGCUUGAAAAGGAAUCUCCAAUCUCAAGCAUUCAUCAAGCUCAACCAUCACCAAAGGUUGUUCCAACUUCCGAAGAAAUCUUCAAUGAUGACUUUGAGGAAUUCAACCAAAACUUCGAAGAUGAUGAGGCUGAGGAUGGAUUCAUGACUGAUGAGGAGUACGAUAUUCUCGAUGCCAGUGAUGAGGAAUACCUUGCCGAGCAAGAAUCAGAAUCUAAGAAGUAAAUGCAUCACCUAGCAGAUUGUAUUGGGGUAAAGAUGACUACAUAAAUAAGUGGAAAGGACGUGGGUGACUAUGGCGAAGGGAUUGGGGAUGAUUAUCACGAAUAAGGCAGGCGUAAGAUUGACACACAAACAAGCUCUGGAUAGCGGAUGGAUUUAGGGAAAUGGAUGGAGCUUUUGGGAUUUUUACUGAACGUAUUUUUGGGGAGGGGGGAAAUGGAAUCUAUCUCAUUCGCUGCUUUCCUUUCUAUUACGUCUUUUCCUCUGAGGCUUUUCUUUAAUUUUCUUUUGCCACUUUUGAUCAUAUGUGAUGAUAUUUUUCGCAAGGGAGAUUUCAAUCACAAGAUUAAAUAUGGUGUCUGUGGUUUAUGAUUCGGUGGUGCUUUGUUAUUGGGCAGGAAUAAUCUAUUAGGAAAGAAAAAUUAUGAUUUUCA